AUGGCCUCCUACAGAAUUGCCGCUCCCGAUGAGUACCUUGCCAUCACUGGCAUGGGAGUCAAGAAUGUAAAAAUCACCAAGGCCGCUUGGGUAUGGCCCUUCCAGCGCUGCAUGCGCUUCAGCGUGCAGCCCCACGACUACGCCAUGAACCUUCAAGCCAUGACCAAGGAGAAACUCCAGUUCCUUCUCCCAGUGGUCUUCACCGUCGGUCCCGACGUCAACCAGCGCGGCGCUAACAAGAAGGGCAAGUUUCCUGCUCCUCUUGGUGUCUCCGGCGCCGGCAGCGCUGGCUCCCCCGUCGAGGACGAUGAGGACGGAGUCUAUGACUACGACAACCACGGCCAUGUUGCCGGUCGCGAGGACCAAGGGGACUCGCUCAUGAAGUACGCCAUGCUCCUGGCUGAUUCUGGCGCCAAGAAGGUCGGCACCAAGGAUUUCCUCGAGAACAUCGUCAAGGGUAUUAUCGAGGGUGAGACGCGUGUGCUGGUGUCCAGCAUGACGAUGGAGGAGAUCUUCACCGAGAGAGAGGUGUUCAAGAGGAGGAUUUUCCGCAACAUCAAGAGUGAGUUGGACCAGUUUGGUCUCAAGAUUUACAACGCCAACGUCAAGGAGCUGAAGGAUGCGCCAAACUCGAUCUACUUUGAGAGUUUGAGCAGGAAGGCUCACGAGGGUGCUACUAACCAGGCCCGUAUCGACGUCGCCGAGGCCCAGCUCAAGGGUAACGUCGGUGAAUCCAAGCGCAAGGGUGAACAAGAGCGCGAGAUCUCCAAGAUCCAAGCCGAGACCGCUGUUGCCAAGACACAGCGCGAUAUUGAGCGCGCCUCCGCCGAAGCCGUCCUCGACACCCGCAAGGCCGAGCUCAACCGCGACGUCGAGAUCUCCCGCGUGGCUGCCAAGCGCAGCGUCGAGGCUCAGGACGAGGAGUUGAAGGUCAAGGUCGAGAUCAAGCGCGCCGAGGCUGAGCUGCAGCGUCUCCGUGCGACUGAGGUCGUCAAGGCCACCAUUGAGCGCGAGGCCAAGCAGCAGGCUGCCGACGCUGCUGCGUACGAGAUCGAGGCUGACGCCAAGGCCAACUUCGAGAAGGCGAAGCAGCUUGCUGAGGGUGCCGCCUACAAGGUCAAGGUUGAAACUGAAGCGGCGGCGUACCAGACGAGGCAGAACGCCGAGGCUUGGACUGAUGCCGCGGUGAAGCAGGCUGAGGGUAGGCUUGCGGGUGACAUCAAGACUGCGGAGGGUAUGAUGGCCAUGGCGGAGGCGUAUGCCAAGAUGAGCCAGGCUUUCGGUGGUCCUCAGGGCUUGUUGCAGUACAUGAUGAUUGAGAAGGGUACCUAUGUCGAGCUGGCCAAGGCUAACGCUGAGGCUGUCCGGGGCAUGGCUCCCAAGAUCAGCAUCUGGAACACUGGUGCUGAGGCUGGUGGUGAGGGUGGUGCUGCCAAUGGCACGGCGGCCAUGCGCAACAUCUACCAGAUGCUGCCACCUCUCAUGACGACUAUCAACGAGCAGACUGGCAUCACUCUGCCGGAGUGGCAGUUUGGAAAGAUGGCUGCUCAGACUGGGGAGGUGCAGAAGGCUAUGAAGCCCAACAGCACCGCCUGA